AUGAGGGCCCUGGGACAUAUCUUCACGUCCCUCUCUUUAUUGGCAGUUGCAUCUGUGGGAUUUGGCCAACCAUCCUCCGAUGCAGUCACAUUAGAGAAACGAGCAGUCGAGCCUUGCAAAAAAGUGGCCGACGCAUAUGACGAACAGUCUGCUGAGGAUUCAGAGGGACCAUUCUUCGUGUCGGCACAGCUCGCACACGACUGCUUGGUUUCCAUCCCCAUCAACAGAGGUGAUGCUCUUCGGUUAGUGGAUGGCCUUACUUCAUUCUGGAAAUGGCAAAGCACGAUAGACUUCCUCAAAGAUCCGCCAUCCGGCUAUCUGCUACCGGCGUCAGACCUGGUUGGUGAGCUGGCAAAGAUCCGUAGGAAGGUUUCUAAGGGCAAAUACAAGAAUGAAUACGACUUCCAGAGCGACUUGUCUGCGCUGGCAAGGACUACGCAUGAUGGACACUUCAACUUACAACUCGAUGCUGCAAACGUUUUCCGAUUUCGCCGCAGCAGGGCGGGGCCAAUUGUCUCGGUCUCGAAAGAUGGAAAGAGUCUCCCGAAAAUUUAUUCUUUCUAUGAUCUCAACAUCACCGAUCCCAAAUUUACUCCGUCUCCAAUUGAAGAGAUCGACGGCGAAGAUGCUACUGAAUGGCUGAGAAAAUUAUCAUACGAGGGCUCAAACCAAGACCCAGACGCUCUCUACAAUGAUCUUUUCUGGUCCAUCCCAACGGAUGCCAAUGGAGGCUAUGGAGGUUUCUAUGGCCAAAUUGGCGUCUACACGGGGCCGUCUAUCACCUUCAAAUUCGAAAAUGGCACUGUCAACAAAUAUGAGAACAGGGCCUCAUUUAGUGCUCCGUUUACUGAUGUCGUAGAUGGAAAGAGCUUCUACGAGAAAUUCUGCAGUUCUAAACUUGGAUUGCCAUUCAAAAAAUCGAGGAGAGAUGAUAUCUGGAAGGAUGCCCCGAUGAACCGGGAGGUAGCGCCUCGUGCUAGCGAAAACUCGCGACCCUUGUAUCCCAAUCCUGUUAUCGAUCAGGCAGGUGGCGAUGUUGGGGGUUACUUCCUCGAUGGCGACCACGGCGAUGUCGCUGUUUUGUCUGCUUCUUCCUUCGAAGGUUCUGGGGCUCAAGGAAGUGUUUCUUUCCAGGAGACUAUCGAAAAAUUUCUGUCUGAAUGCAAGAAAGCCGGAAAAAAGAAGUUGAUUGUUGACGUUACUGGUAAUGGAGGUGGAACGAUUCUACUGGGCUAUGAUAUGUUCAAGCAGCUCAUUCCAAAUGGUAAAGUAGACGAUGCGUUUAAUAUCCGCGCUCAAGAGCAGCUUGACAUCAUUGGAGAAAAGGUCCAAAAUAUGCUCAACGACGGGAAGGAAACCGCCGGCGACAGAAAUGAGAGGGAUGGCCUUUACGACCUUGAUUCCUAUGUUAAUCUGGAUAAUAAGAAGUUCAAAAGCUGGGAUGAUUUCUAUGGCCCGGUUCAGGUGGAUGGAUUCAAGUUUAGCCAUCCAGCACGCUGGGAUUUGAACAACGAAGACACUAGCCGACGAGGAUCUGGAGGAAUCGUCGUAACCGGGUAUUUGAGCCGUGCCAACGCGUUCAAUGAAGUUUUCAAACUGGAUGACAUAGUCCUCCUCACGGAUGGCACUUGUGGAUCUACCUGCGCCCUUUUCGCGAACCUCAUGCAGAAGGCUGGUGUUCGAACCAUUGCUGUGGGCGGACUUCCCCGUGAGGGACCCAUGCAAGCUGUGGGUGGAGUCAAAGGCGCGCAAGUCCUCACCUACCAGCGAAUAUAUGAGACAGCUUCAAUGGUCUUCGAUCUCUAUGCUUCGCCCCAGGAAAAACGCAAAUGGGCAGGUACUGAUUUGGGCGAUAUCUAUCGAACCGGAAAGUAUAUAUUGGCUCGAACUGUUCGAGAUGGCGAGGGCGCCCGUAUUAAUUACCGCAACGCUAUUGACCCUAAAGACGAGAAACGGAUCCCUCUCCAAUUCGUCUACCUGGCCGCUGGUUGCCGCAUCUGGCAGACGCGUGAUAUGGUCUUUGAUAUAACCAAAUUGUGGAUUGCUGCAGCAGAUAGAGCGUUCGGUGGAGGAGCAUGUAUUCCUGGGUCGACUCCGCAACCCUCAAAACACAAAGGCGAUGGCCGCCUCUUUCGCCCUUUCUCAACAGGAUCUUAA